CAGGCAUGGAGAGCUCUGGCAAGAUGGAGAACGGAGCCGGCCAGCAGCCGCAGCCCCCGCAGCCUUUCCUGCCUCCCGCAGCCUGCUUCUUUGCUACAGCAGCAGCCGCGGCGGCGGCAGCGGCAGCAGCUCAGAGCGCGCAGCAGCAACAGCAGCCGCCGCAGCAGGCGCCGCAGCUGAGCCCGGUGGCCGAUGGCCAGCCCUCAGGGGGCGGUCACAAGUCAGCGGCCAAGCAGGUCAAGCGCCAGCGCUCCUCUUCUCCGGAACUGAUGCGUUGCAAGCGCCGGCUCAACUUCAGCGGAUUCGGCUACAGCCUGCCUCAGCAACAGCCGGCCGCCGUGGCGCGUCGCAACGAGCGCGAGCGCAACCGGGUCAAGUUGGUUAACCUGGGUUUUGCAACCCUAAGGGAGCACGUCCCUAAUGGCGCUGCCAACAAAAAAAUGAGCAAGGUGGAGACGCUGCGCUCGGCUGUCGAGUACAUCCGCGCUCUGCAGCAGCUGCUGGAUGAGCACGACGCGGUGAGCGCCGCCUUCCAGGCGGGCGUCCUGUCGCCCACCAUCUCCCCCAACUACUCCAACGACUUGAACUCUAUGGCGGGUUCUCCGGUCUCAUCCUACUCCUCCGAUGAGGGAUCCUACGACCCGCUCAGUCCAGAGGAACAAGAGCUGCUGGACUUUACCAACUGGUUCUGAGGGGCUGCCAAUCCCUACUGGGAAUGGACUUCAGAAGCAGGGAGGCAACAGACCCUGCAUCUUUAGUGUUUCUCGCCAACAACGUUGAACGGGGAGGGGAGGGGCAAGAAAAGAAGAAGAAAAGAAAACAAACAGAACCAGACCACCAACCUCCGGGGCGC